AUGAAAAGGGAACUGAAUGAAAACAAACCAAAGGGCAAUGUUAAUAGUGGUGCUGCAAGUAAGGUUUUUAAAGAGAAAAAGAGAAAAAAAGAAAAAAAAAAUAUUUACUUUAACAGCGCAAAGGGUGUGUUUCUGAGUCAGGACUACGAGGGUACAAUAAACACAGGUGCAAACAUAAAUGCGAAUAUAAAUAACCUAAAUUAUGGCCCCGUCCAUGGAGACGAGAGACAGGCACUUCAACAGAACCUAAGAAUUGACCCCAGAGCGAUAGGGGAGGGCGGACCUGUACAUGGAUUUGACCAAGGGGUAAUAAUAAACAAUGCUACAAAUAAAACUAGAAAAGGCAUUUUGCAAAAUGUGAAUAUUUCACCAAGGGGGAACAACAAUGGUGGUAAAUAUUUUAAGACAGAUGUGGGCACAGGGACUAACUCCUUCUAUGUGAAAAAUAAAAAAUUAAAGAAUGGAAGGAGUGGCCUGGGGAUGGAUAGGAAGGUUUACAGAGGUGUAGGAAAUGCGAAUGACGUAAACACUGGGCGGUUCGAUAAUGAGUCUGCCUUUAAGGGGGGAGGCAUCGUUUCACUUGAUGGAGGAGUGGGAGCAGGAAUUGAUAACAGCUUGAUGAUAAGUGCAAGCACUUUCCAAAGUGCAGGUGGAACGAAUAAUAGAAAGGCACACCAUGUUAGAGGAAACAUCAGGGGUGGGAAUAAUCCCCCCCAAAGGAAUAACUACCGACUCAAUAGCGGUCUGUACUAUGCGAAAUCACCCAACAAGCUAAACCUGGCCUACACACAUCAGAUUUACAAAAAUAGAGCCAAUUUUUAUAAUAAAAAAUAUUCUAAAAAUAACAAAAUUGGCCAUAGUAGUAUGACUGGUCAGGUAAAGAAAAACGAGUUUAAUCCUGUCCCUAAUUACAAUGUCAGCUUUGGUAACAACGUGGACAGUAAAUAUUUGUUAGAUAAUAAUGACUCUGGACAGGGAGAUCAGCAUUUGGAGGAUACCUAUUUUGAUUUUUCAGGAAAUGAGAUGAGUGCAUUUGAGGGGGGUAGGGAUGAUUUGGGUGCCCCAUUCGAUAUGGGUACCACUGAGCGUAGUGGCUUUUUGGACACUGCCAGCUGUAGGGGUGAGGAGGAGGAGGGUUACUCUCAUUACGGGGUUUCGGCGAACAGCAUCGGGCAGGAUGUCAGCGAGUGUGGCAAUUGCGGUAGGUGCGAGAGUUGCACGGGGGUUAAUCUGUAUAGCAAUGCGACGAUGAACGACAUUUCAGGAAGGGAAAAGUGGGAGGAACCUAACAUUUCUGGGUCAAAUGUAGAAGCAGCGGAUACAAAGCGGGUGGAGAAAAUUAACCAACAGAUGCUUAGCGAGCAAAAGAAAAAAGAGAAAGAAGAAUUUGCACAAAGUUAUUUAGAGAAAAUAGUAAAACUUUUGUCAGACAAAGUAAAACGUAUGCUAACUGUGACAGAUAAGGAGUGCAUCCAUUUGGUGAGAUCCAUUGUUGAGCUCCUACAAUGUGUAAAGAAGAUAAUAACCUUGUCCGAUCACUGCCUGUUCCACUACAGUAUAUUUGGUAUCGUGUUAAAUAUUUAUGCCCAUAUAUGUGUGAAGAUGUUUGCACAAAAUGACAUUUUAAAAGUAGAGAAUUUGAAAUGCCUGGUAUGUAUGUUCGAAAUCCUGAUAAUGAUUAGAAGAGAUUCUUUCAACCUUUCGUAUGCCUUUUUUACAUUUGUAAAUUAUUUGAAGGGCAACAUGGAUGGGAUUGAUAUACUAACGAAGAAGAACUUAAAAUAUACCAAGAAAGCUGUGAAUAAUGACGAGAAGAUAUUUUUUAAAAUGUUAAACUCGUUUGUAACUCUGUUUUCGCUUUGUGCUGAAAGCCAGAGUACCAUGGUCCGUGUGGAGUCCCUGAAGUCAUUUUACUGCGUGUUGGGCAUGUUGAAAGGGAAGCGCGCGGAGGAUGAGACUUCUUUGGGGGCAUGGGAGGGGCGAAAGACGGUAGAUAAAGGGGUAGAACGGGAAGUAGCGAAUGACGUGGGCAAACUAAUGAAGAACCGUCUAGGCAAUACUGUUAUGGACAAGGUAAAGGACAACUCACUCGGUCAAAGGGAACCGAUUGAUGAAGCCACCUCUGCAGUGUUUUCCCCGUUGAGCAGAACCCUAAUUAUGGGAAGCCUGGUCGGCAAAAAGAGCACCAUGUUUAGGGGACACACCACGGGGAAAAUGAUAAACCUGCAAAAGUAUUACUUGAGUUUUUUUAGAAGCAACUACAUGUGCUCAGAGGUGUACACGCAGGAUGGCGGCGAUGCAGGGAGGAGAGACUUUUCCAAUAAGCAAAGUGCUCAACAGGGGUAUGCUUCCCAACCCAGUUGUGUGAAUACAAAUAUGGGGGCGAAAAAAGAAAACGUUAAUUUGCAUAAAGCCAAUGUGAAGAAUAUACCAAAUCAGCAGUGGGGAAAGAAUAAUUGGCGCGAAAAUGGAACUGAUGUAAAUUCAAGCUGGACAAAUGACCAAAUUGGAAACAACAGGAAUGUAGAGGUAAGGGAGUACAGAACAAAGAACUCUAUUUUGUUAACAAAUUUUGAAACGAUUUUUAAUAGCGAUCCCAGUAAUGGUUGGUUGACGAACAAAAUAGACGAUGAGGAUGAACAACACAUUUUGCUCUUCAUCCUUAGGAUUUUCAAUUUGUUCGUGGACAUGUAUCAAGAUAAAGAGAUAUGUGAAAUAAUACAAAAAAACAUUGUGUUCUUUUUUAAUCACAUAGAUGUGCACAUAUUUAGUUACGUGACUUAUUUGGUUAGCAAGAUUUCGCAUAUCAUUCCAAUAAAUAAAAGUUUUUUUAAUAAAUAUAUUUCUGUCCUUUUGAAGAAUUUGAAUAAGGAAAGGCGGAAGUUUAUAUUCCUCAUGCUAUGCUACAGUGAAUACGAGAAGAAUGGUUUGUACGUUGUGUUGAAUUUACUGAGCAACUUGUGCAUUUAUAAUUUUCAUUAUAAGACGAACACCCACUUGAUGGACUUUGAGAGUAUAUCUGAUGAUUCUUUGAGAAGGAAUUUGGGGGAGGAGAACGACUGUGCGGGUGGUACAGGGGAUGGGGUCGCUAGUAGCGGAAGUGGCAUCCGGGGAGGUACAGGUAGUAGUAUCACAGAUGAAUACAAUACGCAUCCGUCACUUAACCCAACGAAUGAGGACUCCUUUGGCGAGGCGAAAGAUUACAAUAAUGUUAACGAGCAUGAGGUGUAUCUUGUAGAUCACAUGAUACACAACAAUGAAGAGUGGUGUUCUGUUUACUCCGUUUUGAUUGUACUGUCAUUUAAAUACCCGAGUUUGAUUUUUUCUUUCUUUUUUAACAAAUUUGGAAAAAAUUUUGUACAGAACUGUGAUAAUUGUGUACCUCAUUUUAAUUUGUUCGAUUGGUCGAACAGAUUUGGGUACUACAUAUCGAGUGGUGUUUUGAAUGCCGUUUUGGAGGGACAGACCCAGGUUAAUUCCCAUAUGUUGAGUGUGAUAAGAAGUGCUGCUGGUCGUGUUGAUGGUGAGGAGCAGGACUAUGAGGGAAGUCGAUCGAGUGAAUUUUCGGGCACCAACGAAGGGGACGAGAAGGAUGGGGCUGCGUUCAUAGAUAACAGGAGGGGUAAAACGAAUGAAACGACAAAAGUGUGCAAUACCACCAGUCAGGUAAACCAGGUGGAUACCAAUUUCAGAGCGGGUAGGAUGCAAAGCCUUCCAUGUAAGGAAGAGGUGGCACUUGAAUUACUAACCCAUCAAAUGUACGCCUUUUUAGAAUACCCGCACUGUGUCCAACCGAGCAUAUGUGAUCGAGAAUGGAGUUUUUGUUAUGUGUACAUAUCUAGUAUCCUUAACCUUUUGUUUAACAAGAAUGCUUCCUUUUUUGGAGAAAAUUGUUUUUUUUUUAAAAAAAAUAUAUGGCACUUAUUGCACGAUCGAUCAAAUUUAAAGACACACCACUUUUUGGAAUAUUUAGAAAUGUUUAAGGAUUCAAAUUUUAACUACGUGAAUGAGAGUAGCGAAUUGGUGGGUAUGCUGAACUGUGUGUUUAACGCCUCGGAGGAGGGUACCAAAUUGGUGGAGAAGCAUCAGGAGGUGAGUGAGAAGCUAGAAGAGGGAGUCUCUUUAGGACGACAUUUAAUGGCCAAAUGGAGACAAAUGAACAGCAAUAUGAAGGUCGCUUCGUGUGGAGAUGAAACAAAGGAUGACCCGGAUGGAGACUUAAUACAUUUUAAACAACCCUACAUGAAAUAUUCUCGCCGUAUAUCGGACAUGAUAGAGGAUCAGAUGGCUAGUAAUCUUUUUUUUCAAAUUAUGUUGAGGGAUUUUUACCCGCCGAAUGAUCUGCCUAUUGGACCCUAUGAGGAGUAUUUGCGACAAAUUAGUGUUGAAUUGAUUUCUGCUCGGUUAGUACAGCAGGAGAAGACGGGUUUCAACCAUUUGUGCUGCUUCGACAGGGGGGAUACAUCAUUGAAUGAUCUCUUUUUGGGUGACGAUCGGUUUGUAGAAACGGUAACCGACUGCUUGGAAGUGCCAUCCUCUCAUCAGAGUGUAGCGAAUCAGGGGGAACUUUCGAACAGCAGCGUAGGGAAGGAAAGACGAAGCAGUUUUGCGCAACACCCUGGGAGUGGUAGCCCCGUUGGAAAGGAUACAACUGUUGAUUUGUCUAUCACGUUUGAGGAAACAAGUAAUAUUCUCGAUGCGACUAUUAAGAGGAAUGAAAAAAUGGAGCAGAAAAAUAGGAAAGACUUUGUCUGUUUGGGGGACAAACUGCAUUGGUCCAUUGAAGAAGGGGAUGACCAGGGCAUUAAACACGCUAACAAUUUUAGAGCGUCUGAACAUAAUUACGGUGAAGACAAAAGAGAAAAAAUAAUUCAGCCGCAUGGCUUGAGUAACCACGUUGUAACAUUGUGUGGAAGCGGUACAGAAGGAGGUAAGAGGAUGGAACGAGGAGACAUCUUACAAAGGCGAAAUGUUGCAGAGUUUAAAUUUUUGAAAUCCAAAAUAAAAAUUUUGCAUGAUGGAAAGAAGAAUGGAAUUCCAAGGCGAGAGGAAAUUAUAAAUUUUGAGACGAAAUUUCCGGAGUAUUUUUACCAUAAAAAGGUUAUCAAUGUAAACCAUAAAAUAAACAAAAAAUUGAUUAAAAUUUAUUACCUGUUCAGUGCAAAUUAUUUUUACACAAGAAAUAUAUCGCAGAUAAUUCACACCAUCAUAAGUAAAAUCUACGAGGAGAAUUUUGUUUUGUUUAACACUUUGAAAGACUGCUUUUACAAUUUUACUCAAAGUGGUCAAAAUGUAUGGAACAAUUUUGAGGUUAAGGAGAAUAAUUUUUUUUACAAUUUUAUGUGUAAGGGGAAGAAAGGAAAGAAAAUUAAAGCUGUGGAUUCGAUGGAACAAUUUAAUCAUGUAUUAGUUGGGGUGGAUCAACUGCUAAACGGAAAAGACAACAAAAAUGCGAAUAAUAUAUAUUCAGUAAACGUUUUAUUAAACAAGAUAUUAAAAAUUAUUUUAAAACAUUUGAAGAAUACAAAUUUUAUAAAUUAUAACAAGUGUUUGAAUUUUCCUUUUCUUUUUUUGUCCUUUUUUGAUAUAAGAAUUAAUUUAUCCCUCGAAAUUGAAUCGUCUCCAUUUUUGGAACACAUCGAUAAAGGGAAUUUUAAAAAUGUCCUCUUAAAUUUGCCUUACCAUGUUAGGUACUUUUUUAGUAGCUUAUUUUUGUAUAUAGAGUAUGAGGAUAUUUUCCUUGUGAAUAGGGAGAAGUGCCAAGUAGGGGAGACUCCUUGUCCGCCCAGCACUAGCCAAUGCCAAAGCAGGCGGCACAGGAAUAACUUGACAACAUACAAUUUUAUCGUUGAAAAUGUUCUUGCGGAAGAUUAUUCUCUGAAGAAUUUAAAAAAUAUGAGCAAGACAAACAAGAAGGAAACAAAGAAUUCUCUGUUCGCAAAACGAAAAAAAGCAAAGGUGGAAAUUUCAAAUGUGAAGAAUACCUCCGACUUUGAACUGGAGGACAAAUAUUUGAAUGAGCACAAUGGUAACGUAGGAAAAGAAAGCAAGGAAAAGAUAAAAAGGCGAAGCGAUCCAUUGAAAAAAAUAAACAAAUUGAAUUAUCACAAAAUAGACGUUAGCGAAUGGAACGUAACAAGUUUCCAAUGUGUAGGUGACAGCCCGAGCGGUUGCGCAACACCAUUUAGAAGUACGAUAGUUGUUGAAUUUAAGAAAAAUGUUCAAAUUAAUUUUGAUUGCUCUUCCACUUUGCCCGUUAAGUGCAAAAUAAACUUUUGCUAUUACCACUUGGAGGACGACGCGUUUUGUUUUUUCCCUCUAGCCAAGGCUAAGCAUAUUUACGUGCAUCCGUCGCAGUGA